AUGGCCAGAGCAAACGAACCAGCCAAAACAUUAGAAGAUAUGCUUCGUGCUUGUGUGAUGGAAUUAGGAGCUAAGGUUGGUACCGUUGCGUACAAGCAGAAACUGCCGGAGGAACUCAGUAGUGUGCAUGACACAUUUCAUGUGUUGAACCUCAAAAAGUGUCUAUCGGAUGAGACACUUGUCAUUCUAGUAGACAAGGUCUGCAUUGAUGACAAAUUCCAUUUUAUCAAAGAACCUGUUGAGGUUACGGACUGGAAGGUCCAAAAGCUAAGGAGAAGUCGUAUCAAACUAGUCAAAGUUCGUUGGAACUCAUGGUGCGGACGCAAGCUUACUUGGGAACGUGAGGUUCAAAUGAAAGCAAAAUACCACCACCUAUUCGAGAAGAUUCCUGCUCAGGAUGACUCUGCUUGA